UGGCCCCUCCCACAGACACCAGAUGUGUUUAAGGAAAGGUAAAACAGUGAAGUGAAGUAUUUCUAAAAAUCUAACAGAAGGUACAAAGUGUAAGAAACAGUGAGAGGAGUGUUUUAAGAGACAGACGUGAAGAACAGGCGCUAUGAACUGGCUGGGGAUUUUUGUCAUGAUGGGCAUAUGCUCACAGGUUGCAGCCUUUACAGCAUCCAAAUUCUCAGCAUCAUCCAAGAGCAUGAUUUUCAGGUGGACCAAGGUCUCAGGAGCCACCUCGUACAAGAUUGAAGUCAAACUCAGCGGCACACAAGAUAUUAUUGCUUUUGCCUCGUUUGGUCCAAACACAGUGAUGGGCUCGGUCAACUCUCUGUCCCCGAACAAGUUGUAUCAAUUCACAAUUACUGCUUUGAACGAUCAAACUGCAUUGGAUGUAACGUCUGUAGAAACAUUAACAGCCCCUGAGAUGAUGGAUCCCAUCGUGACAGUGAAGUCAAAGGAUAGCAGGACCUUGAUAGCGGGGUUCAGGUUGAAGCCCGGGGCAUUAAAUUACAUUAUACGAGUCCAGAACACCAAUGGCUUCUACAGAGAAGACAGCGUUCCCACCACUCCUGCUGAGAUUAAGUACCUCACACCGUACACUGACUACUCGCUCAGCAUCAUGGCUGUGAAUACCGGAGGCCGCAGUCAGCCGUCUCUUCCUGUGACUGUAAAGACAGUUUUGCCUCCUCCUCAGUUCUCCGCCACCUCCUCCCCCAGCAAUGACAGCAUCACUGUAUCCUGGGACCCUGUUGCUCACGCUGUCCAGUACACCUUGUCCAUAUACAAGUUGGGCUCAGACAACAGCUUGUUGCACAACACCUCCAACACCAAUAUGACCAUCUCUGGCCUGGACGCUGGCUCUCUCUACAUCAUCAGGGGUUUCGCCUGGGACGUCGAGGGCCGGAAGGGAGAGGGCAGUUUGUACAUCAACCAAACAACACGACCUCCAACGCCAUCUAUUGUCAGUGUGUCUAUGGUGAUGAAUAAUACUGUGGCUGGACUCUCUGUGUCCUGGGAACUCGAUGCGAAUGUCUAUGGAUCCAUCCAGUACCAUGUGAUGAGUGACCAGAACCUCACGUGUAACUCCACAUCCAGCUCCUGCACUCUGUCACCAGUAGGCUGUGGAGAGGUCCACACUAUCCAGAUCACCGCUUCAAACGAGGCCGGGCCCAGCUACCCAUCUAUCCCCGAGGUGUUCAUCACCUACCCCUGCCCACCAGAGUCUUUGGCUGUUGUGGAGUCAUCAGAAGGAAACUGCACGCUGACGUGGGACACGGUGCCUCAUGCUGAAAGCUACUCAGCCUUCAUCAAGAGAGGUGACGGCGGCGAGGAGAUCUGCAACACCACAUGGAACAACUGCUCCUACAGCUGCAUGUGUGGGAACACAUACCUGAUGUCUGUGUUUGCGUUUAAUGAGGCUGGCAGCAGUCCUCAAGGAGAUGUUCUCAACUAUACCACCUUGCCUUGUUGUCCAGAGGAUGUAUCUGUCUCAGUGGUGAGCACUGACACUCUGGAGAUCACGUGGACCGCCUCGCGGGGGGCACAGCUGUACGAGACUCGGGCUGUGGACAGUUCAGAGGUCAUCAUUUGUAACGACACGUCACCGGUGUGCGCCCUGUCUGACCUCAGCUGCGACAGUUCCUACAGCGUGGUGGUGACACCCUGCAGUGAAUUUAGUGGAUGCAACCGUGCAUGCAAAGCUCACACCAAAGACACAGCUCCCUGCAUGCCGAUGAAUCUGAUGCUGAAUCCGAAAAACUCCUCCUGCGUCAGUGUCAGCUGGACAGCAAACAACAGGGCAGCUAAUUACACUGUGACUGCGUCUGGAGAUGAUGGUGUGCGCAACUGCAUCACCAGUGGAAAGAGCUGUGACAUCACUGACCUUCCCUGUGGCUCCACCUACGAAUUUAGAGUCAUAGCAACCAGCGCCGCCGGCCAGAGUUUACCCAGCUUCUCUGAGAGUCUGGAAACAGAGCCCUGUUGCCCACUGAGUCUAACAGUGGAUCAGGUGACUCAGGCGAUGACCAACGUCUCAUGGUCUCACGCCAAAGGGGCACAUACGUUCAUCACUUCUCUGACAUCAUUGCGUGGUCACGCCCGCUGCCACACACAGGACUCCCACUGCCUCAUGGGAUGCAUCACCUGUGAAACCAACUACACUGUCACCAUGGAGGCAUUCAGCCACAGCGGGCGAAGCUCCAACUGUACCUAUGAGGGCUUCUCAUCCAGCCCCUGCUGUCCAUCUGGUGUCAGGCUCUACCAGAUGGCCGGUAACUCUCUGCGGGUGUACUGGCGCAGCGGUGGCAGCAGCCACAGCUACAUCACAGAGAUGGUGGGCAGCAGCAACAACUACACCUGCACUGCUUCUCCUGGGCACAACAGCUGUGAUGUUGCCAAUUUACAAUGUGGGGAGUACAGUUUAGUGGUGGCUCCGCUCACACCAGAGGGCAGCAAAGCCCCGUUCUGCCCCCAGAGAAUGUACUCAGUCAUUUGCUCAGGGAGUAACAUUGGCACAGUGGUUUACAGAGGGAAGAGAAGUGUGGACUAGCAUAUAUAUCUCUUCUCCACAGAUACAACAAACACUUCCAUCUUCUUCAUCCUCUUCUUCCUCCUGCAUCAGCCCUGCUCUACUGAAAUGAAGCCAUGCUCAUAGCUACAUGGAAAAACAGCUGUUAACCAGAAAUAAACAUGCCAUGAUACAUAGGUGAUACCAUGAUGAAUAAUGAGAAAUAAAUGAGAAAUUAAAUGUUUUUGCCUUUAAACGAUGUUCAUGUAUCAUGGCCACGCAAAACCAUCACUGUGCGCUCAGCAAUCAUGAUCAAGCACUUAAAUAUGAAAAAAACAAUGGCGGGCAAUAAGUGCACAUGUUGUGUGCUGCUCAAAAUAUGUAUCAUGAGACAAAAAUCAUGGCAUUGGACUUCGUAAAUGUAAAAAAAACAGUAACGGCGAAACAGUAACAGAAGCCCCAACAGACAUUUUAAACAACUGACUGCCCUUUCACUUUAAGAAUUAUUAAUUGGAUCAAUUGACCAAAUAAAAACUAAUUUUGUAGCUCCAGCCCCAAGUAGGAAGCCUCUUGAUGAUAAGUGGCAGACACUGAUCUGUGCGUCUCAUCAUGUGUCACCCUCUAGCGUACAAUGACUACUGUGUGCUGCCACUUGCUCUCAGGAUGUGUUUAACGGUUGGAAUAUGUGUCACUGUGGUUGCGUAAACCUGACGCGUAUUUCAGUUAAUAAAGAAUUCCCAGCAUCA